GGUUGAAAUGCCACUGAUGUUGCGUGAUUUUACUUAUCUGCCAAGCUGGUUUCUGUUUACCUUUCACCUGGAUGAAUGAAACACCUUAAAAUUAGACGAGACAAUUAGCUACAAUAGUUGAACUCGUGUUGACGGCAUUUUGAAGCAUUUUACACUUGAAUUAAACACGAACGAUGUCUGGGAAUCCUGCUGUGAUUAUGCGGCUGGUGGCGUCUGCGUACUCUGUGGCUGAAAAGGCCGGGGCCAUUGUUAGGAACGUGCUUCACAGUGGAGAACUUGGCAUUGUGGAAAAGACGGGAGCUAAUGAUCUGCAGACCGUGGCAGACAGACUCGCACAGCAGAGCAUUUGUGCUUCACUGUCCAGACGUUUUCCCAAAAUCACCAUCAUUGGAGAGGAGGAUCUUCCAGCUGAAGAGGUCCAGGAAGAUCUUAUUGAAAAUGGUCAGUCAGAGGAAAUCCUUCAGAAGAACUGUCCAGAGGAAUAUAGCACACUAAAGGAAGACGAGCUUGUCGUGUGGGUCGAUCCCCUCGAUGGCACAAAGGAAUAUACUGAAGGGCUUCUGGACAAUGUGACGGUGCUUAUUGGUAUUGCAUAUGGAGGCAGAGCUAUUGCAGGUGUCAUCAACCAGCCCUUCUACAACUACCAGCUCGGAGCGGGAGCCACUUUAGGAAGGACCAUGUGGGGAAUGCUGGGAUUGGGCGCCUUUGGAUUCCAGCUACAGGAAGUUCCAGGGGACAAGCGAAUUGUAACUACCACCCGUUCCCAUAGCAACAAGGUGGUCAUAGACUGCGUCAAUGCCAUGGAGCCUCAUGAAGUUGUAAGAGUAGGCGGCGCUGGAAACAAGAUAAUCCAGCUUGUUGAGGGGAAGGCUUCUGCGUAUGUCUUUGCUAGUCCGGGGUGCAAGAAGUGGGAUACAUGUGCUCCUGAGGCCAUCCUGCACGCUGUCGGAGGAAAGCUCACCGACAUGUAUGGAAAUGGAUACCGUUAUGAUGCCGACGUAAAGCACAUGAACUCUGCUGGAGUUCUAGCUACAUUACGCAACCACGGACACUACAUCAGCAGGGUGCCACAGUCAGUGCUGCAAGCCCUCAAGUCAGACUGAAAUUGUUUUCAAUAUGAAGACCAGAAAAAACAGACGAUCCAAAAGGAAUAAUUAAAAACAAUACAGUAACUGUUUAAGUGGUCUGGAAAUUAUCUGUACUUUAUUCAGUAGCCACUAAGAGGAACAGUUCAACUUUAUGUGCAGAGUGCCAACAAACAAAAUGCCAUCUGGAUUUAAUGAGUUUGAUCUUUUUACACAUGCAGUGACUGAAAAUACAACUGUUCUUGUAAAAAGCUUUUUUUUUUUUAACUGGCAUGACUUUAAUGUACUUAGUCACCGUCUUUCCUAAUAAAAUGCCACAUUUUUCACCCUA